AUGGAGAGCGAGAGCUUCACGCCGCGGCGACGCCUCUCCAACGGCGGCGGGCCGCGCGACGAGGCGGCGACUCGAGACCAGGCGCAGCUCAAGCAGCUCCGCGACACCGUCAUCAGGCUCACGGUCGAGAAGGAGAGCGCCGAGAGGGAGGCCGCCAGGGCGAUGCAGCAGCUUCAGGAGCUGAAGCAUCUGCUCAACUCGGACAUGGAGGAGAUUGCCAAGGACGCGGAUUCGCUCGGCCAGGAGAUCAACCGGCUUAAGGACGAGAAUCACCUCUUGCGGGAGGAGCUGAACGAUGCGCAGUCGCACAUUUUCAGUCUCCAGCCGUAUCGGAAAGACCUCACGCCAGAGGAAGUAGGACGGCAAUUCGACGACCUCGUUGAGCAGGUCCAGGACUGGGUUCAAAAGUUCAUGGACCCCUGGUUGGACGACUACGAGGCCGGCGUCGAGGCUCUCGUCACCGGCGCUCGCAAGCAGUCCGGAGAAGCCGCCAAGUUCAGGAGGACUCUGCAAAAGUAUCCCGAUCUGGUCCACGGCUGCAUGUUCCCCGAGACGGACGAGGACAUCAUCGUCGCCAUCAUCAUGCGAUAUCUGAACGACCACAUCUUUCAAAAGGUCCUCUACGGGUCGGGGCAGCAGUACACCGAGAUGGUGAGCUUCAUCGAGACACAGAUGCAGACUGCGGUCGAGCCCAAGCGAGACCUGUUCGCAGUUCGCACAUGGACGGCAGAGAGCUACAACGCCCUGAUGAGCGCGCCGCAGUUCAAGAGUGUACGCGCGCGCCGCAGCAAGGACAUGACGCUGGAUCUCGCAGACAUACUACGCAUCUUCUGCAAGAAGGACAAGUUCACCUGGUUCUGCCAGAACAUGGAGGACAACUGCGUCAAGCCGGCCAUGGCGCUGUACGAGAAGAUCCAGGUGUCGACGCACCACUUCUAUCUCGACAUCCAGCCGUACAUCUCGUGGAGCGGCUCGCGGCUGUCGCUGUCGCCCGAGUUCGUCGAGAGCAUCGACAAGCUCGACUGCCGCAACAUCCUGCAGAACAGAAAGGCCUUCAACAUGGCCAAGCUGGACCCGCAGCCUACGAAGAAGGACCUGUACGUGAACCUGCUCAACGUGUGCACCGUGGUGCCGGCGCUGUACAUCCGCCAGAUUGGGCAGCGCGACGCCAUCAAGGCGCCGGCGGUGGUGCGCAAGCAGCAGAUGCUGGUGGCCUGGGGCCCGGAGGAGAAGAGGGACAAGUUCACCGAGGAGGGCGACCCGUCGCUCGUGUCGCACCUGUGGUUCCCCAAAUCGCGGAAGAGGGGAGACGGAUGGCUGGGCUGA